CUGUGGAAACCAGGGCAGCCUGUGUAGGAGGUUUGCUUUGACUCCUCCCCUCCCCCUGUGAUCUGUGCCUCCUCCAGCAGCAGCAGCAGCAGCAUCAUAGGAGCUGCCGAGCCUCGUCUUUCACUGAGGAGAUCCCGACAACCAGAGCAUUAGCUAAACCUCCUCGUACAGCCAUGGCAGAAAACGCCGGCUUGGAUAACCACCGCAUCAAGAGCUUUAAAAACAAGGGACGCGAUGUCGAGACUAUGAGAAGACAUCGAAAUGAGGUGACAGUUGAGUUGAGAAAGAACAAAAGAGACGAACAUCUACUGAAGAAGAGAAAUGUCCCGCUGGAGGAAGGUCUGGAGGACUCUGAUGCCGACUCAGACUUCAAAGGACAAAAUGUUACACUUGAUGCCAUUUUACAGAAUGCUAUCAGUGAUAAUGCAGUCAUACAGCUGAGUGCUGUACAGGCAGCCAGAAAACUGCUCUCGAGUGACAGAAACCCUCCCAUCGACGACUUAAUAAAGUCUGGCAUUCUGCCCAUUUUAGUCAAAUGCCUGGAAAGGGAUGACAACCCCUCUCUUCAGUUUGAAGCAGCCUGGGCUCUGACCAACAUUGCGUCUGGGACUUCAGCACAGACUCAGGCUGUGGUUAAAUCCAAUGCAGUGCCCCUUUUCCUGAGACUGCUACACUCCCCCCACCAAAACGUUUGUGAACAGGCUGUAUGGGCUUUAGGAAAUAUCAUAGGUGAUGGCCCACAGUGCAGGGACUUUGUAAUCUCCCUUGGAGUGGUCAAGCCCCUGCUUUCUUUCAUCAACCCAUCAAUCCCCAUUACCUUCCUCCGCAAUGUUACCUGGGUCAUUGUUAACCUCUGCCGCAACAAGGAUCCACCACCACCCAUGGAGACCGUGCAGGAGAUUUUGCCUGCUCUCAGUGUGCUAAUAUAUCACGACGAUAUAAAUAUCCUCGUAGACACAGUGUGGGCUUUGUCCUAUCUGACGGACGGAGGCAACGAGCAGAUCCAGAUGGUCAUUGAUUCUGGAGUUGUUCCAUUUCUUGUUCCUCUCCUCAGCCACCAGGAGGUGAAAGUUCAGACGGCAGCUCUUAGGGCAGUGGGAAAUAUUGUAACGGGAACAGAUGAGCAGACCCAGGUUGUGCUCAACUGUGACGUCCUCUCACAUUUCUCCAACCUGCUCACACACCCGAAAGAGAAGAUCAACAAGGAGGCAGUCUGGUUCCUGUCCAACAUCACAGCUGGGAACCAGCAGCAGGUCCAAGCUGUGAUCGAUGCAGGAUUGAUUCCUAUGAUCAUUCACCAACUGGCUAAGGGUGACUUUGGCACUCAGAAAGAGGCAGCGUGGGCCAUCAGCAACCUCACCAUCAGUGGGAGGAAAGACCAGGUGGAGUUCCUGGUGGAGCAGAAUGUCAUCCCUCCGUUCUGUAGCCUGCUGUCGGUGAAGGACUCGCAGGUGGUCCAGGUCGUCCUGGACGGCCUCAAGAACAUCCUCAUCAUGGCAGGAGACGAAGCCAGCACCAUUGCUGAGAUCAUCGAGGAGUGUGGAGGUUUGGAGAAGAUAGAGAAUCUUCAGCAGCACGAGAACGAGGAUAUCUACAAACUAGCCUUUGAGAUUAUUGAUCAGUACUUUUCAGGAGAUGAUAUCGAUGAAGAUUCCAGCUUGAUCCCUGAAACAACUCAAGGAGGAACCUUCAACUUUGACCCAGCUUCCAACAUGCAAACAAAGGAGUUUAAUUUCUAAAAGCCAGGAUGUUUGGUUCUACCAGCUGCACGGGUACUCUGUAAUCACCCCAGACGUUCAUCCAUCUCUCCUCCAACCUGGCAACCUGGUACAGAAGGAUUUACUUAGGAUAACUUCAACAUGGAAACGCACCACUGAAGGAUUUACCCACCUCUGCACUGCGGGGUGUUUUUUCUUUUAUCUUUUAAAUGGGCAUCCCUCACAGAUCACAGCAUCCUAUCAUCGGAGUCCUUGUCACUCGACAGGCACCGUCACCAUCUGACAACCUGCAUCAAGAGGAUUGUUAGGAUUCUCUGCCAGUGCUUCUAAAUAUCACACAAAAAUAAAAGCAGAAGGAAUGAUAAGCCUUCGGGGCAAGAUUUAAAUUGCCAAAUGUCUAGAACUCACAUAGACAAAAACACAAGCACAUUUACACACACACACCAUAUUUAUGUACACACUUUUGGACACCUAGAAUUUGUGUGCAUACUUCUGUUAGAAGCCAUCAUAUCACUUAAGGGGAAGAAAUACUGCUGUUUGUUUGUGGUUUAUUUUUUGUGCUUUCCCUCCCCUGGAUUGUCCUCUGAUGUUACUUCACCCACGUGCACGCACACUAAUAUUCAAGUACACACAUCAGCACACUAAGUCAAACUGAUACCUGAAGGCCGGGCAUCCAAACAACCCUCUCUUACCCAGUUUAAAUAGUUAAUCCCAGAGUUAAGCCAUGAUUAUCCAUGGACCCCCACUGCCCUCCCAGGAGCGUCCUGGAGCAGGUGGAGGGGCGAAAGGGCUCUAAGGCAAAACAAGGACUCUGUGGCAAACAGACUGACGAGACUUCUUACUCAAUGGCGUCACUUUUUUUUAAUGUGACCUGUUGAAUAAACAAACUCAUUGUUUGUUUAAAAAAAAAAAUCAUCAAAAAUGUGAAGAAAAUGCCAUAAUACUUUAUUUUUUUUUCCAAUACACACAACGAUAAGACCUGCUAUUUGCCUGCUCCUUAUUCAGCGGAGCAACACUUUUUGUUCCUGUUUUUUUUUAAGGGGGGGGAUGUGAAUACCUAUCAUGGGGGAAUCACCUUUUAGAUGAAGGCGCAGAGACUUGAGAGAAAAGAAACAUGUCAGCUGUAGCGUUUAUCUCCCCCACAGGUCAUCUAUUUCUGCAGCAUGAGCUUGGUCCCGUCCUUUGGCCCGGUGAACUGUGUGCUCUGGCCUCCCCUGUAAUGUGAAACUCAGAAGGGGGGUUUAACAUGAAAAGAUAAAAAGGAAAAAAAAGAAUCGUCGCGCUAAAAUCGAUCCGAAUUGUUUAUCUGACCGUAAGCCUAUUUUUUUAUUUUAAUUUUAUUUUUAUUCUCUUCAAAGAAAUAUUUUAGUUUCAUGUUUCAGCUUCUUAUGUUUUGCAUUUUACUUUUCUUCAGUCUUAUGCACACGUCUGAGAGGCAUAUUGAUGUCUGCCGGCAGAGAGGGACCUAUACUCACUGAAAAACCUGCAUAAGGAGUACAGGUCCUGUCAUUUAUAAAACCUAACUACUUUUCAAGGAAGAUGUCACAUGUCAUCACUCAAUUUGAAUAACUGUACAAAAAUGUGAUGUGUAUCUCUCCUUGCCGUCUAAUGAAUAUAUGAAUAUAUUUACAUAAAGCCUGUACAAAGCUGCUGCAGCUGACAGUCGUUGGAUGGACGAUAACUUUACUGUCAAAGAUGGCUGGGGAGGAUUUUUUGUUGAAGCAAUAUUUCUUUGUUUCAUUGUUUUUAUUUUUGACUUGCAUAUGUAUUGUGAUGACAUGCUGAUUAAUUGGAUCAGAGCUGUGUUUUUCUCCUCAUGGCGGUGACGGGUUGUUUAAAAAUGUACCGUCCCAUGUCCCAGUCGGUGCGCAGGUUCGGGUUUGAGGGUGUUGAACUCCUCGCCCGACCCUCGCCCUGGUCUCGAAGACUUUCUGAUCCUCUGGAUGGCUGCUAACUACUGAGAGGGGGUCAGAGUAGGGGGUGGGGGGUGGCACACUGGGGUUUAAAAUAUGUUGUGGGGUUGUUAUGAGCAGCCCAGGCUUGUUUUUGGGACUAGCUGUUUAUUACUGAACAAAACUAUAGAGAGGGUGUACAGUCAUGAACUAGCAGAAUAGACCGAGCCACUUUAAAGAUUUACAAUUUCGUUGCCUUGUAUCCGAAUUGGAUACAAGCUUAUGUUUGUUGCAAGAUUUUUACUUGCUAAUGAAAAGUUGUUUUAAAUAAAAUAAUGAGAAGAGCAACAGACAGCGUUUUGGCCUCUGAUUGUUUAUAUCUUUUUAUAAAUUUUAGAUUGAAUUCUUCUCUUUAAGGUGGCUCAUUGAUGCUUUCAACUCUUGUGCAUAUUAAAGAAAAUGAGUUGAAAAUCAUUGUGCCUUUUUGUUUUUCAUUUCAACUAAAACUUACGUUUUAUUGAAUAAAAAAAAAAAAGAUUCUUUGAGCAAGGUGAGAAUGUGGGAGAUGUGGCUACGGUAACAUGUGGCGUUGGAGUUUGCUGUUGAUGCUGCUCUCUUCUGUUGAGAGCGCUUCCCCUCCAGUCGUAUUCAUGGAACAUUGUAACUCAUCAUUUCUCCCUCUCAACAACCCUCCCUCCUCUCGAACACACAAAAUGAUUCAUCACCAUAUUUUAGUCAGGGGAUUUUUGAUAUCAUUGCCUCUCAUCUCGCCCUCAGGACAUGAUCUGUGUUUCUGAUCCUAACCAAAAUAAACUUGAUGUUUAGCCACUGGA